AUGUCUUCCGCUCCGCCUCCGCCGCCAGCCGCCGACGUCACCUCACGCGCCUCCGCCACCGCGGGCUCCUUCCCCGCCCUUCUGCCGCCGGCCUCGGACCGCAUGGAUCACUCGUUCCUCCCGCCGUCCCUCGCGCGUCUCCUCCAGGGCGGAACUGCGCCCUACACGGCGGAUGGAUCGCUCGGCCCCCUGCAGACCCAAUCGGCGGGGUCCCUCUUCGCCGGCCCGGUGUCAUCGCUGUACGCCGGCGUGUCGUCCUCGUCGCCUGCUGCUUCGGCCCGGUCCCAGCAACCGCCGCCGCCUUCGGCUGCCACGCACUCCCUAGUGCUCGCGCCGCCACCGACUGCAUCGCACCCGAUGCGUGCGGUCGCACCUGCUCCGGCUGCCUCCCUCUACACCGCAGCCGGCCCUGCCGUUGCCGACGUCGCCCAUGUGCAUCAUGGCAGCCCUGGUGGCUACUCACUGUAUGCUGCCCCGUACGGGCCGCCGCCACCCGCACGCCCCUCCUACGGCGCGUACCCUGGCUAG